AUAAUGAACGUUACGUUCGAAAUGAUACCAACAAAGAAAAAAAAACAAAUUCUGUAGAAAAAAACCGUUUUCUACUAUCUAAUGGAUUGGCAACACUAAGCAACAAAACAAGUAUGUUACAUGUAAAUUCAACCAGCGAGUGAACUCAAAGUAAUCAGUCCUAUUCCAUAAUUAUCAGUAGGAUGAUGGAGCUGUUAGCAAAGCAGACCACUCUGCUGUUUUGUGUGUUUAGUUUUAGCCUGGCGUUCCCUGCACAUAUUAAUCCUGAGUCUAUAUUUAUCCCACCGGCACACCUUUUGAGAAACAAUGCUGGUGAUGUUCGUGAAGCGGAUUCAAAUGAGCUGCCCUUUGAUCCUCGAGUGCCGCCAGAAGUGACGGAUCAAGAUGCCAAUAUUGUUCUGAAAGAUCUUGGAUACCUUAGUGCGGAUGAUGUCGUCAAUAGGUUAGACCAAACCACAGAUGAAAUCGGCAGAAAUGCGCUGAAACGGUUACAAAGGCGUUACAACUUGACAGAUAAUGGAUUACUCGAUGAUGAUACCAGACGUCUGAUUGCAGCUCCUCGUUGUGGAGUUGCCGAGCUUAACGAAAUUGAGGAAAAAUGGACGAAACGGUCGUUGACAUUCAAAGUUAGCAGUUAUCCUAAAACCUUUUCGCAAAAUGAAGCGCGACAAUUAAUAACCCAAGCAUUUGACGAGUGGACCAAACAUGUGCAACUGAAUAUAUCUGAAGUAAAACACGGUGAAGCCGACAUCUAUGUGAGUGAUGAGCAGAAAAUCCAUCAAGACAGGUUAGGCCAGGAAUGUAGAUUUACAGCUAACACUACUCUUGCGCACGCCUUCUUUCCGGAGGUUGGAGAUAUUCACUACAACAGGGAUCGGAACUACACAGCGGAAGAAUUCUUCAGCACUACCAUACAUGAGAUCGGUCACACACUAGGAUUGGAUCACACCGUUUCGAGAACAUCGAUCAUGUUUCCGUUUCACAUUCGAUAUCAUUCGGAAAUACCUCUGGAAGAUCGUCGAGCACUACAAGCAAUGUAUGGUGCUCGUCGCAUUAUCACAAUCCCAACGUUACCGCCGCAAACAGAAAGCAGCGUUGCUCGUUUAUGUUCUCUGAACGCAUUCGACACCAUACUAAACGAUGCUCGUGGUCGAACGUAUGCCCUUGCUGGUGAUUAUUACUAUAGGCUCGGCGAAAGGAACCCCAGAGGACGUCGAAUUUCCUCGAAAUGGCCAAAGCUGCCAGGAAGCAUAGAUGUCGCGUUCACCUAUCGGAAUAACAAAACGUUCUUCUUCAAACGCAGUCGAGUAUGGGUAUACGCCGACAACCAGCUGGAGGCAGGUUACCCAAAGCCCAUAAAAGACGACUUUCCCGGACUGCCGAGUAAUUUGAGCGCCGUUUUCGUUACGAAACAUGGAAGCCUGUUGGCUAUCAGGAAGAAACAGUACUGGUUCUACAGCCCUCGGAAGAGGCCACAGGUCGGCAAGGAGUUCCCUCGGUUAGUGUACGACUUCAAGGAUAUGCCGGCCAAUCUGGAUGCGGCGUUGCGUCAUACUGACGGCCAGUCGUAUUUCUUCAAGGGUCGAAAUUUCUAUGUUUUGAAUAUGAAGAACUACACAAUGGGUCCGGCUACACCGAUGGAGCAGCUGUGGUUUUCUUGUUAGUCACAAAGAUUCUCUAAAUUAAUAGGAAGCUAUGUUAGGACGAGGCUGUUAGGGUCAUUACAAGUACACAUAUGCAGGUUUGAUGUUGUGGGAUAUUCGAUGGGAGUUCUCAGCAUGAUCGUUUAACUCAGAUUUGAGUUUGAUCAGCUUAAGCUAAAGUAUAGUUUUUUAUUUAAGAUAUGUUCAAUGACAAAUUC